CUGGGAUGUUGACAGCCGAUCCGUGCAGCACAGACGUCAGCGGAGCCGACGAUAAUGUUGCAUCCGGAAUUUACAAGAAUGGAUCCCGCACUGUUGACCAGUAUGCUGCUUGCUCUCAUUAACACGUCACAAGUGGCAGUGGAGUUAUUCCUUAAACUACAAAGGCAAGAGGAGUUCGACAUUGAUCUUGCCACGCGUACUAGCUACGACACAAGAUUGCUUGUGGCAUUCACGGAGGUGCUGGCCACAGUGGAACGCCGCUUUUGGGCUAGGGAAACAAGCACUGAGUGGUGGGAUCACAUAGUCAUGCACGUCUGGGAUGAUGAGCAGCGGCUGCUGAACUUUCAGAUGAGGAAAGCCACAUUCAUGGGACUGUGUGAUGAGCUCGUCCCAGCCCUGCAGCACAAGGACACAAGAAUGAGAGCUGCUCUGCCAUUGGAGAAGCGCAUGGCAAUUGCACUGUGGAAGCGGGCUACUCCAGACUGCUACCGAUCGGUCGCUAACCAGUUCGGAGUGGAAAAGUCGACCGUUGGACUUUUGUUGACGGAAGUGUGCAGGGCCAUUAAUCGCAUCCUACUCCGAAAGACCGUGAGUCUGGAAAACGUGUGUGACAUUGUCGAUGGGUUUGCACAAAUGGGCUUCCCUAACUGCGGAGGGACGAUAGAUGGCAAGCAUAUUCCAAUUCUGACACCAGACCACCUAGCCAUUGAGUACAUUAAUCCGAAGGGGUAUUUCUCAAUGGUUCUCCAGGUGCUCGUGGAUCACCAUGGGCGUUUCACAGACAUUAACACAGGCUGUUCCAGAAAGGUGCAUGACGCAUGUAUCUUUUGGAACACUGGCCUGUUCAGGAAUCUGCAAGCAGGGACUUUCUUUCUGGACCAGAAGAUGACCGUAGGGGAAGUUGAAAUACCCAUUGUGAUCCUGGGAGACCCCACCUACCCCUUAAUGCCAGGGCUUAUGAAGCCACACACAGGGCAACUUGACAGCAGCAAGGAGUGGUUCAACAAUAGGCUGAGCAAGUGCAGCAUGACUGUUGAGUGUGCUUUUGGCCGUUUAAAAGCCCACUGGCGCUGCCUAUAUGGGAAGCUGGACCUGGCUGAUGACAAUAUUCCAAUGCUUAUAGCUGCGUACUGUAUGCUCCGUAAUAUUUGUGAAGGGAAGGAUGAAAGUUUAAUUCAGGGCUGGACCACUGAGGCUCAGCGCCUGGAGGCUGAGUUUGAAUAGCCAGAGACCAGGGCUAUUAGAGGGGCACAGCGUGGGACCAUAAGGAUCAGGGAUACCUUGAGGCAGCAAUUUGAAGCUGAAAGCCACUAAUAUUUGUUGCUAUGCUCGGGAGUGCACUGCUUGUAAUGCUAGGAGGAUUGUGAUUGGUGCAGACGAUGCAAUAUGAAGGUUUAACAUAACUGUCUGUUGCUUUUCAGGACUCUGUUUGCUUUCAAUUAAUAGACUAAAGAUUGCUUUCAAACCAACACAAUUUUUAUUAAAAAACAACAACCAGAGGAGAGAGUCAAACAAAAAAAAAAACACAUCAGCACUGAGGGGGAUGGGGGAAGGGAAAGUCCCAGGAGGAGGUGGGGUCCAGGGAUGGCUGAAGAUUUGUGUAUGUCCAGGUAUCGUAACCAGCCUUCUCCCUUGGAUUACAGUGCAGCAGGUACUGUACUGCAGCAGGUACUGUACUUCAGCAGGGCCAAACUAUGGAGGGAUGGGUGUUGAGUGCAGUGGAUACUGGGAGUCCGUAGUGCUGGUCUGUGACGGGGGAAGAGUGGAAGGCCGUGGGUACAGACUGGAGCCAGGAGGUUGAUAAGAGUGUGUUGGCAGUGUCUAGGGCAUAGGCACCGACUCCGUGGGUUCUCUGGGGCUGGAGCACCCCUGUGGAAAAAAUUAGGACUUAUGUCAGCACCAAAUUAUGCCAAAAUAUUACAACUUUUUAGAAAACUAAAACUCUUCAGAGAGUAUUUUUACAAACCAAAGGUGCUCAGAUACUAUGGUGUAUGAAAUAAAUGCAAAGAUCAAAUAAAUAUUCCAAGUACAUUCAGACCUGAUGUAAGCAGGCAUCACUUCCCAGCUUACACCAGGUCUCAAUAUGGGUUUGCCUGUUUAGUUUAAUAAGUUGUUAAAAAUGAAAUCCUUCCUCCCUAUUACAGUCAUUUCUAGGAAAAGCUGAAUACGUUUACAGUUACGUCAUACAUUACCCAACUCAAGUCCUCAUUGUUUUUCCAUGCUACUAUAUUUCACAAUAGGUAACCUCUGCCUGCAGCAGUAACCAAUCAGCAUUCUGUCUUUGAGGGCACUGUCUAAACUUUCCAGGGCCCAAUUUACAGAGGUCUAAUGACAUUUUUCCUUCCCACUUUUUCCCCUUCAUUCCUUCAACAUCCAUUCCAUAAUGGCUGUUGUUGGGUCAUCUUCCUAGCUCCAAAUUCAGGGCCAGUACUGCCUUCACCCCUAUGCAAGGCCAGAGUAAACGGGCCCUUCAUGCUAACAUAUAGACAAAAUUUUCUUGUUUGGAUCCUCUGCUGAAAUGAAUUUUUACCUGUAAUUGAUUGAUCUAGCAAGCCAGCUACAUAUGUGUUUGUUUACCACUAAUCAGUAUAGUGUGUAGGCUAUGAGACGUAUUUUCCUUUUGUUUCCUCUUUUCUAUAUUUUGUACUAUACACUGGCCCAU